GUUCUGGGUUCUGGAAGUACCGAGGUGACGCAAUCUGUCUGGGGCACGGGGCCCUUGCACCCAUUGGCUGCCUGGCGCCCUGGGACCCCUCCCGACACACCGCGGCAAGAAUAAGAGCAGCUGCUGGCGCUGGGAGGUACCGGAGCCGCUGUCCAGCUCAGGAGUCACCGCAUCCUCCGCCCGGCUCCAUCAGGACCCCGCAGCCUCUGCUCCAAACCACCCCUUACCAGGGAGGCAUCAUGGGCUUUCUGAAGUUCUCCCCUCUUCUGGCUGUCAGCAUCUUGCUCCUGUACCAGGCAUGCAGCCUCCAUGCAGUGCCUUUCAGGUCAACCCUGGAAAGCAGCCCAGGCGCGGCCACUCUGAGUGAGGAGGAAGCUCGCCUGCUGGCUGCACUGCUGCAGGACUACAUGCAGAUGAAAGCUAGGGAACUGGAGCAGGAGGAGGAACAGGAGGCUGAGGGGUCCAGCUUGGACAGCCCCAGAUCUAAGCGGUGUGGGAAUCUAAGUACCUGCAUGCUGGGCACAUACACACAAGACCUCAACAAGUUCCACACCUUCCCCCAAACUGCAAUCGGGGUUGGAGCACCUGGCAAGAAAAGGGAUAUGGCCAAGGACUUGGAGACAAACCACCGCACCCAUUUUGGCAACUAAGCUCCCCCUCUCCUUUCUCGUUUCCUUUCCUGCUUUCUUCCUAUAAUUUAAUGCAUGUAGUUCCUCUCUGGUUGCUUUUCUGAGGCAAAGGAAAUCCCCAGUGGGUGAGGAGAAAGGAGGACUCACAGGCUAAAGGGGAAUCACCCAGGAAGACGCCAGAGAGCAAGGGCAGUCCUCUGGCUUUCUAGCAGAGCUCCUUGGUCUUGCUUCUGAAAAUGUCCGUUGUUUGGGAAAUAAAACUAUUUUUCUAAAAAGACUUGAGCCAUGUUGGUCAUUGCUCUAGCCCACAUCUCAGGCUCCAUGGAAUUCAGGACCUGUGGUUAGAAGUAGUCUUAGCCCUAAGAUUUAACCAGUCAUAGUCCGGUGAGCGGUGCUCAUGACAGCUCAAGCAGUAACAAGAGCAGUGCCAAGUAGCAGGUAAGCAAAUGCUGGGACUAGAUGCUCCAAACUCCGUUCUUCCUCAGGUAAGAUAUACUUUCACUUUACUAAGGAGGGACAUUUGGGUCUGACUGGGACUUGGAUUCUACAGUCCUCGUGAAUGGGCUCAGAGGUGGCAUCAAAAUUCACCCUAAACUCAUACAUCUUUGCUUAUUUUUAUUUAUAUGGCCAUGGUUGGCUGUUAAUAGCCCUGUGUCCCAUGACCAGUUGGAACCCCAUCUGGGUUUUCUAAUGCUCCUGGGAAUAUCUAAAGAAAGUGAUUACAGCAUUUCCCCUAAUGGCUUGUGAUUGUUUGUUCUGAUAACCAUGUUUGGGAGAAACACAUAAAGUUAAUUGGUGCUCUGAAAGCAAUAUUCCCAUGAUAGUCCCAUGGGGCAGACACCUCCCCAACCUCAAUGACUCUCUCUCUUUCUCUCUCUCUCUCUCUCUCUCUCCCUCUUUCCCUUUCUUCCUCCUUCCCUCCAUCCC